GUGUAAACCAACGCAGCUGUAGUCUGCGCAACGACGAGAAGUAACUGCGAACUUCCAGUAAGAGUUGAUAAUUAGAACGAAAUUGUUAAAACAUGGCCGGUGGACGCAAAAGAGGUCGGGUAAAGAAACAGGAAAAGGACAAAGAUGAAGACAAAAAGCAAGAACAAUCAGUUGGACAAGUGGUCGAAGAAGGUCCUUUAAAUAAAAUGUCCAAACUUUCUACAAAAAGAAAGGACACUGGAGGCGCAUCUAAAAAUGGCAAUCAAUUGUAUAAACAACAAAAAGAGACUGAUGAUGGUCAUGAUAAAUGUAAAACUCUUGAACCUACAUUGCAACACGACCAAAACUCUGACGAGUUUUCUCUAUCUCAAUGCCCAUCAUCACAGUUGCCAUUGUCACAAGCAGCAAAAUUCGUACCUAGCUUUGGGAAGAGAAAGAAACCUCUAGCAGCAACUCAGAACAAAAUGCCACCGAAAUGUGACAUUUUGCAGGAAGUAUCAUCAACUGAAUUAGAAGAAACAGAAACAGAUGCAGAUAAAAUGUCCUCAGAAAAACAUGCUUAUACAAGUGGAAUGAUAAAGGAAAGUGUCUUAGAAAAGGAAAAGUCAAACAUAGAAAAGGAAAAGUCAAGUGUCCUGGAUAAUGAACAGUCAUAUGAAGAUCAUCAAAACACAUGUUCUCAAGAAACCAAUGAUGGAAAAAUGUUACAAGACACAGUUGUAGCUAUAUCUGAUUCAAUAGAAUUGAAAGCUGAGAGUACUCUACAGACAAAACAAAACAAGGAUGAUAAAACUAAGUUACUGAGUGAAAAAGAAGCAAAAGACACUGUGGAUGUAGCUGAUGUGAAGAAUUACGAUACAUUUUCUAUUUUAAAGAGUGAUAAAAUCGACUGCAGUGACCAGGAAGCCAACAUACAAAUUGUGAAUGAAGGAACUGGAACUAUCAAGCAUGGUGCACACAUUUAUGUAGACGAACUCUAUACGCCAAAGGGCAACAAAAAUGACAUUUCUGUUUCUGAAGAAAUAAAAUCAUCUCCAUUGUUCGAAGCUGUGUGUAAGCUGGAAGAAGAAAUGAGUAAUACAGUAAAAGUGACUGAUAGUUUGAUUGGAAAUGAAUGCAGUGUUACACCACCUGAAGUCAUUGACCCGAAACAAAGUAUAAACAAUAACAAGACAGAUAAAGUUUCUACAGAGCAGUUGAAAAUUGGUUUUCCAAACACUGAUGUUGACUUUGUUGCCGAAUGUUCUGAGACAGGUGACAGAAACACAACAGUACAGGAAACAGUUGAUAAAUUGAGAGAAUGUGAUAAGGAUAUGAAAAAUGACGAGUCAAUGGCAAAGACAUCAGCUGAGGAAGAUCAUGGUGAACCAAAGUUAGAAGACCAAUCUAGAGGUGGAAUAAUCACCUCUCUUCUUGGAGCAUCUAAUGUCACAUGUUCCGAAAGCACAAAUAAUAUGCAAGUAGUGGAUGAUUUUACUGACAUCACAGAUUCCCAGUUGUGUAUGAUAGAAGAAGAUUGGCAAACAACAUCAAAAAGUGAGACAACAAACACGGAGCAAGGAUCAGUCAGAAAGACCAGAGAGCCUCUUUAUGUUUCUAUGCCAACCAAAUUCUCUCUUCCAGAUGAAGAUAAAGGUACGAAAAUGGCCCAAGGAUUGAUACAAGAACUUACAUCACUGAAUCGCAUGGUAUUGAAUGCCAAGAGAGAAAUGGAAGCUGUAAAAAAACAAAGGCAACAGAGACUGAAAAGAAGUACAAAUCAGAAGCCAUCAACCACCAGUAAAGGGUAUGGUGCCAGCAGUAGUAGUUUCAUUUGA